UGGCCAAUCAACGCGCAGGAGGCGGUGCUGCGGUCCAAAAACAGACCUCGCGUUUGAAGGACGUGGUGGCGCCGUGUGUCCAGAGUGGAGGUGAUUUACAGCUCUUCAGUGGAGUGUCUUCUCAGAGCACAGCAGGGCAGAUCUUCUACCUAAAGAGCGGCCUUCUGGGAAACCCUCGCCUUUACUGGUUUAACCCCUGAUAGAUGUCAUAAUUUGAUGACCAAAUUCCACUUGAAAGUUGUUUAGUGAGCCGAACACACCGAGGUCAGGAGGUAUAGACGCUGGAGGCCGGAGACAGACAUGGCCGGGUUUCUGGAUAACUUCCGCUGGCCCGAGUGUGAGUGCAUCGAGUGGGGAGAAAAGAGGAACACUGUGGCCUCCAUCGUGGCUGGUAUUCUAUUUUUUACAGGAUGGUGGGUUAUAAUCGAUGCCGCUGUGAUUUACCCAAAACCAGAGGAUCUAAAUCACGCUUUUCACACCUGUGGAGUUUUCUCUACUUUGGCUUUUUUCAUGAUUAAUGCUGUGUCUAAUGCUCAUAUCCGUGGGGACACGUACGGAGAGGGCUGCCUCGGACAGACAGGUGCUCGUGUUUGGCUCUUCAUCGGCUUCCUGGUCAUGUUCGCCUCUCUCAUCGCCUCAAUCUGGAUCUUGUUAGCAGCUUAUGUUGCACCAGGACUUCCUGUGUAUCCUGGACUGUGUGUGUUCUUCCAGAACUUGUUAAUAUUUUUCAGCUCUCUGGUCUACAAGUUUGGACGAACUGAAGAUUUAUGGGGCUAAGUCGUGCCAGUUCAGCUAAACCCCUGAUGUCUAGUUUGCACCCUCAGUCCUCAUAUUGACCUCAGGUAUAUUUCAGCAACAUUCUGGAUGCUGACUGAAUUUUCAUAUCCAGACUUUGAAAAAUUUAGUGUAGUGUUAGAGUAUAGAGACAUAACACAUCAUCUCAGGUUUUGUUUGUAUGUAGCUUAAGAAAAGAAUAUUUUUUUUAAAAAUAAUUGUUUUAAAUAGUUUUUGUUGAACUUCCUUUGAAAAUCCAGUUUAUAUUUUAAGCUGGAAUUACCCUAAAACCUUCUCAUGUUUAAUCAGCUCCCUGUAAAUGUAUUGCCCAGUCGCUAGAACCAAAUCCUGAAUCAUUUUCAAGUGGUGUGAUCUUUUUUUAUUUUGUAUAUUUUUAUAUAGCUAUUAAAUGAACGACUGCCACUAAUGUAGCAACUGUUAGUAGACAUUCAUGCAUUCUUCUUUCUCUCAUCAUUGUGCUGCUUUGCACAUGAAAAUAUCUUAAAUAUGGGCAAAUUUAUCUGAUAUUAUUUUACCAAUAUUUUUUUAUGAGCUAUGUAUAACCACAUAGUUCCACAUAGGCAGUAGUUUCAGCACUAAUUUGCUUUUCAUUUGCUUUCAUUAAUGUGCUCAUUUCCAUAUGUUGUUUCUAUAGUAACAUCUUGUACACUCAACAUGCCACAUAAUGUAAAUGUCAUAAUAAACAGAUGCCUAAAUAAACGUGCUUCUUUUUUGUGACGGAGAGAGAGACAGAGAGAGAGACAGACUGUGAGACUGAGACUGAGAGAGAGACAGACCGUGAGACUGAGACUGAGAGAGACUGAGACUGAGGGAAACUAGAGGGAAAACUUUCUCUUAUUCUGCUAAUAUUCCAACCUGCUAAAAGCAUAACUAAGAGCAGUGCAGAUGAUUAUUGACUACAAUUAUUGAUUAUUCUAAUCAACUGGUGGAUCAGACGCGUUUUUAAAUCUCUGCUAGCUCCAUGAGCACAGAGUCAAUAUGAUGCAUGAUGCCAUCGUUUACAGUAUACUAGUGACAAUGUACAGUUUUGCUUUUGUCAUGUUCGUGUUCAUCUACAGAUUUGUGUAGAAACUGUAAUAUCGUAUUGUACAAGUCUUAAUAAAACCAUUCAUUUGGAGUUUAAUACUGCUCCAUUUAAUUUCAAUAUUUCAUCAAAGUGAAAUUCAACAAUAAAAUACAUUUAAUAUUUA